GUCAUCCUUGAGUUGAAGUUUAUAAUUAUAACCUAAAACUCUUAUACCAAAAAAUUAUAAAUAUUACAUUAUUUAUUUGUUAAUAAGUUAUAAUGGCUCGUAAUUUAGCCGAUAAUGUAAGAAAACUCUUAUUGCUUGGACAAUGUGUACCUACUGUCAAACAAAAUGCUGCUAAAAUCAGAGUUAAGCGAUUGGAAUUAGAUGAGAAUUUAUUAAUGUACUUCAGAAAAGAUGAAUUCUACUACUGUUCAGAUCCAGAUAAAGUGUGUAAAACAGGAGAUAUUGUACUCAUAGAAGCUUUACCUCAAAAACUAACAAAACUCAUCACCCAUCAAGUUAAAGAGGUUGUAUAUCCAUUUGGCGAUAUUACCGAUCCUGUUACAGGCAAGAAAGUAGCAAAAGAAAGAUACAGAGAUGAUAUUGAGAAACAGUCUGAACUGUAUGGGAAGUUGGAAUCAACAUUUAAUUACAAGAAAGCACCGCCCAGAGGUUGGCAAGAUGGAAAGAAAGAUUUUACUUCCAAGCCUACAUACACCAAAUUCCAUGUAUUUGAUGAAAAUGAUCCUUAUGCUAUUUAAAUUUACCUUAAUCUGUAGAAUGUAAAUAAUUAUAAGUAGUCAAGUAUAAAA